CAGGGACCGCUCCCUACGCGACUCCCCUGCCCGUCCGUCCCUCCCCGCUGAUCUCCCGCCCGGCACUCAUCCUUGCAAAUGGAACAAGUGCUGCGUCCCCUCCCUCACCGCCACUCAGGGUCUCAGACAGUCCUUUCCAGGUGAGGCGACACUUCACCCGUGAGUCUGUUGGUUGUCCGGUGAGACCUCCUGCACGUCGGUGAGACCCGACAGAGAUAUUGAGAAAAUGUUUCGCCGAGAACCUACUCCCGGUGGCCACCCAUUUUAAUUCCACUUCCCAUUCCCAUGCCGGAAGUCGUGCGAGGAGGCGUCGGAAAGUUGAUGGAAGGGGGUCUGAGAGUAGAGCGUUUUGCACUCAGAUGGAUAGACUUGGAAUCACUGGCGAAAAGAGAAGCUAGCUGGGUGCGCACUGCCUGUCUCCAAAUCCUCAGCACCCUCGUACAGAACAGAAAACAACGGCGGUAAUUCCGCUGAUUUCGUUAAAUUCAGUAGGACCGGCGAACUGGGUCAAUUCUAUAUUCUCUGCGCCACUGCCCCCACUUCCGUCUCCAAUGACCCUGGAUUUGACGGGAGCCCCUGAGCGAGCCACGAUGCCCCGGGAGAGGGGUCUGGUCUGCCUGGUGACGGGAGGCUGCGGGUUUCUGGGGAAGCACCUGGUGCGGCUGCUGGCAGAGUGCGCCGAGGAGCUGAAGGAGAUCAGAGUGCUCGACCUGGUGUUGGACAGGGAGCUGGAGGCGCUGAGCACGGCCUCUCUCAGGGUGUCCAUGAUGCAGGGGGAUAUCACCUCCCCUGGGGACAUGGCCCGCGCAAUCCAGGGGGCUGACCUGGUCUUCCACCUCGCCAGUGUCAUCGACUUCCUGGGGCUCAUUCCCGAGUCCCAAAUCCUUUCCGUCAACAUACAAGGGACCCAGACCGUGAUUGAUGCCUGUGUUCAGCACGAUGUCCCGACCCUGGUCUACACCAGCAGCAUGGAGGCAGUGGGGCCCAACUCCAAGUGGCAACCGUUCCACAGAGGAGAUGAGGACACAGUUUACGAAUUUGCCCCUGCUUCAGUCUACGCGAGAUCAAAAUCCCAGGCCGAAGGUCUUAUCCGCGGUGCAAACGGGAUGAAGACAGCGUCCGGGAAGACCCUUUUCACCCUGGCCCUGCGUCCGCUCAGUUUCUACGGGGAAGGUUUCUCCCUCCUCUGCAACCUGGCCGAAAGAGCGUCCCGCUGCGGGGGGCGCCUCUUCCGCCUCUCCUCCGCGGACGCCUGCAUGGGGCAUGCCUACGUGGGAAACGUGGCCUGGAUGCACCUGCUGGCAGCCCGCGCCCUGCGGGAGAAGCCCGGCCUGGUGGGCGGACAGGUCUACUAUUGUUACGACGACUCCCCGGACAGGAGCUUCCUGGACUUCUACAUGGAGUUUCUAGCGCCCUGCGGGGUGAAGUUAGUCGGCCAGCUGCGGCCCGUCCUCCCCUUCUUCAUGGUCUUCCUGCUGGCUAUCCUGGUCGAGCUCGUCGGCUUCGCCCUCCGCCCCUUCUGCACCUUUGCCCCCUCACUCAACCGCUACACCUUGCUCAUGUCCUGCUCAACCUUCACGGUGCGGACCAGCAAAGCCGCCCGUCACUUCGGCUACCGACCGCUCUACACCUGGGAGCAAUCCCGGGCGCGCACCAUUCGCUGGCUGCAGAGCCUGGCCCGGCCGAGGUCAGAGUAGGGACCCGCUGGCUGCAGAGCCUGGCCCGGCCGAGGUCAGAGUAGGGACCCGCUGGCUGCAGAGCCUGCAGGGUCUCGAUGAACUCUGAUCCGCUCCACGUUUUACCCAUCUCCCUCGCAACCCCCAUUUCCCUCAGUACUCCCCCCAUGACUAUUACUAUUUACUAAUAGUAAUAUUACUAUUACUAUUUAUUAUUUCUGGUGCAACUGUAACGAAAACCAGUUUCCCCCCGGGAUCAAUAAAGUAUGACUAUGACUAUGACUAUCCCAUACUCCAUCCUCUCUUCCUCUCCCUCGCCCUCUCCCUCACUCCCUUCCCCUGCCCCCUUCCCGCCGGUGGUGACUCGUCGCUCAGCGCUGAGUUGAUUUUGGACCUGGAAUUGGAUUCUGUGGUCUGGCUGGACUUUAAUACUACGAAAAAGACAUUGUUCUCAUCUCCAUGAGCACCACGUCAAUGAUCUUCUGAGGCCAUCUCCUUCUCCAUUUCUCUUCCCCUCUCCAUCCCUCCCCUUCCCUCUCUCUCUCCCUCCAUCCAUCCAUCCCUUCCCCUCUCCAUCCCUCCCCUUCCCUCUCUCCCUUGUGACGAGAAUACACAUAAAUUAAGAUGUUAGCUGGCCUGUGCUGGCACCAGUGGGAUCAGCAGUUGGUCUGCCACCUGUCUUCAGGAGAGAGAGAUAAGGAAAACAAUGGAGCAGCAUUUGGAGAUGUUAAUGAAGGGACGGGAGAGUUUAACGGAAGGAGAGCUGUCAAGAUCGGCUCCCCCUUUGAACCCUGAACUGUUUGAAGUGAUGGACAGGCGAUGCCCCAGCAGGGGGAUAAAAAGGGACAGGUUCGCUAAGGCGACACACACGACACCCCGAGGUAACGAGACCCUGGAAGCGGUGCGUCUCUCACAAGUCGGUGGGGAGUUUUUGGACGGCUGGUCGCGGGAUCAAGCCAUAGACGCUUAGGGUGGAAAGGCACGAUCGGUGGGAACCUGGUGUGUGUCCACCCUUGCCUGGGUGCCAGGUUCAGCGCAGAGAAACGGUCGUAUCUGGAAACGGAGGGGUCACGGUCGGUGACCUCAGAUGACAUCACAAAGGACUCGCCCGAAAGCUGACUGUGAAGGUCUGUGUGGAAGCCGUUUGAAUAUUCAUUCGUUUUGCUCUCUCUCUCCUUCCCCCCACUGUCCAUCUCCCAUGGCAGUGAUUACUGUGAACUGAACUGAACUAAAUUGAACUGAACUUUGCGUCACUUUGAAACUGGUCAUUUACCACUAGACAACGAUAGAGUUUGAUUGAUCCUGUUAUCUUAAUUCUGUGCACAUGUGUGUUUAUCAUUGCUGAACUGUUGCAUUUAUUAUCCUUUUGAUUAGAGUACUGUGUUGCUUAUUUCUUUAAUAAAACUUUCUUAG